UCAUCUAGUAGACGCUAGGGGAAGUAUUAGGGGAAGCAAAACUCUGCCGCGUGGUCAUCAUCUUCUAGACAUCACUAGGGGAAGUAGGGGAAGCACUAGACAGCCACUAACUCAGGUUCUACAGACUGCCAAUAAUGUGCGUCUCCUUUGCGAUGAGGCUGAAUCCUUUGCGAUGAGCUCGUCUUCUGAAUUGGAGAAUUUAGGGCCCUCAAAAAGUGAGCUUGUACUUGUAGACCACGUGGAAUUUUUGGAGAAUUUAGGGCCCUCAAAAAGCGAGCUUGUACUUGUAGACCACGUGGAAUUUUUGGAGAAUUUAGGGCCCUCAAAAAGUGAGCUUGUACUUGUAGUUCCACCUCUGAGGAGGAAUGAAAAAGGAGAAGGAGACCUUGCCUUUACCUCUGCUGCAUUGAUGACUGCUUUGACUUCAAAGAGAACGACGAAGAUUUUCUGUGCAGACGAAGAGGGAGAGACGACUCCUGUUUCUGUUAGUUUACAACAGCUUCAACUCCAAGAUCGCGAGAUCGAAUGUAGUGAAACUAUCUUCGACGACCUGAAGGGACUUCGUGAAGAUGAGAAAAAAGGCGAUACACUAUUUGAUCCUGCAAGUGAAGAAGACGGUGAAGACGAAGUUGAGCCGCUGCACGAUCAGGAAACGGAAGUGCGAGAAACAGAAACGAGAGAGAUGAAUGCUCAGCAGGUGGGCGACGGCCUCAUGGCUAUGCAGGACAACACGGAGAAGCAACUUGCAGGACAAAACGGAGAAAGAGUAGAUGAUCGACGAGUAGUGAUAGGGAACGUCACUCCUAUUUCUGAUGAUGUCCACAAAGUAGAGCAAGCUGGAGAGGAGCACCUCCAGGAGCAGAAGGAAGAGGAUAAGGUGGACCCACUCACGGAGGGAGCUCCUGCAGUUCUUGAGUACAACAUAGCAGAGCAGCAGAUGAUGAUGAACGAAACUGAUUCAGAAGGAGCAUUAGCAUCUUUAUUAGAAGGUGCCUGUGGUAGCAUGACACAAGAAGUACAAGCGGAUCAUGUUGCAGAGGAACGAAUCGCACUUCUACUCAAGGAGCAAUUAGCGGGUAGUUCUGCUGGAGAUGGAGAAACAAGAAAAACUUGUGAAGAAGAGUUGUCAACUAUAAGAACAGCAUCUACAUCACCAACUGGUCGUACUGGUGGUCUUCUAUCGACCAUCAUCUCCAUCAUUCUCCUCUUUCUCAAAAGAUUCGUUCUUUUCUGUUUCCUCUGUUCGCUUUUCCUGAACCUGUUGCGACAUGGUCGCUUGUAUGCAUUGUCCUUGAUGUGGCGUUGUCUUAGCAUCGACCAUGUGACGAUCACCAAGAAUGUUUUCCAAGAAGUUUUCUUGUCGUUUGUUUUAGAAGAUGGUAGUGACGGGGCUGGGGGUGAAGCAAUUAUGUUGUGAUUCCUGUCAGCAUUCGUAGACGGCGGCCAUCAGGUCUCUACGGUGAUCAAGAAUGAUCAUGACAAAGACACAGGAGACAUGACUGAGUCUCCAGAGGGGAGUCUCGAAUGUGAAGCACUUAUGUUGUGACUCCUGUCUGGAGCAAUUAUGUUGUGAGUGCGGUGAAUUUGAGUCCUGUAGUCUUCACGACCCUAAGCUGUCUCCAGUGUUAUGAGCAUAGAGACUUUGAUUUUUGGAUGAACUGGAUCUUGCCUACAACUGCCCGAAUAGCCCAAGUAGUACACUGGUUGAAGAUGAAGUGAUUACCCAUCAUAUCGUCCACUGACUCUCUCUGCCUCUCCCACGACUUCAUGAAAAAGUAUGAAUAGACUCACAAAGACAAUCUUCAUGCAGGGCUUUUCUUCGCAGGCCAGCACUGCUGAUUACUCUGACGGACAUCCGAUAUUCAUCUGCUUCUUGG